GCAAGCCCCUCUCGGCCAUUCUGUCCUGUCAUCCAUCCUGGCCAAAUCCAAAAGGGAAAAUGAAAAGGAGCCUAGGAGAAACAAGUCCCAGCCAUCUCCCAGGAUCCCUCCCUCAGCUCUAACACCUCAGCUGCAGCCACAGGCGCCAUGGGGGAGUGGGCGUUCCUGGGCUCGCUGCUGGACGCCGUGCAGCUGCAGUCGCCGCUCGUGGGCCGCCUGUGGCUGGUGGUCAUGCUCAUCUUCCGCAUCCUGGUGCUGGCCACCGUGGGCGGCGCCGUGUUCGAGGACGAGCAGGAGGAGUUCGUGUGCAACACGCUGCAGCCGGGCUGCCGCCAGACGUGCUACGACCGCGCCUUCCCCGUCUCGCACUACCGCUUCUGGCUCUUCCACAUCCUGCUGCUGUCGGCGCCGCCCGUGCUCUUCGUCAUCUACGCGGUGCACCGGGCGGGCAAGGGCGCGGGCGCGGGCGCGGGCGCGGAGGCGGAGGCGGAGGCGGACGCGGGCCCCGGGCCGUCCCCGCGCCGCCGCUGCUACCUGCUGAGCGUGGCGCUGCGCCUGCUGGCCGAGCUGGCCUUCCUGGCGGCCCAGGCGCUGCUCUACGGCUUCCGCGUGGCCCCGCACUUCGCGUGCGCCGGCGCGCCCUGCCCGCACACCGUGGACUGCUUCGUGAGCCGGCCCACCGAGAAGACCGUCUUCGUGCUCUUCUACUUCGCCGUCGGGCUGCUCUCGGCGCUGCUCAGCGUGGCCGAGCUGGGCCACCUGCUCUGGAAGGGCCGCCCGCGCGCCGGCCGCCGCCACCGCGCGCACGAGGGGGCGCAGCUGCUCCCGCCGCCGCCGCCGCCGCCGCCGCCGCGCCCCGCCCCCUGCGGCCCGCCCGCCUAUGCGCACCCCGCGCCCGCCCGCGACAAGGCGUCCCUGGCCACCGCCCGCCAGGACCUGGCCAUCUAG